AUGCCUUUCAGCCGCCUCGCCCUCCUCAAUCUCGUACGUCCAAGGUUGGGUCCUAAUUAUCGACUCAAUCACAGCAGACGGAGGCUUUACCACGACGCAAAAGCUACCUUGUUCGACCCGCGCCCUGGAGCUGGACCCAUUAGCAAGGCUGUGGAGAUUAAAAUUGGCGAUCUCGAUGAAGCUUAUGUUAUAGUCGCGCCUGAAAUUGGUAGUAUCUUGGCUGGCAGACCGCUUCCAGAUGGCACAGCAGUCGAAGUACCUCUAACUUUCUUUCAUCGCACAAAACACUUCGCCAUUGGUAGUUAA